CCUAGGGUUUCAAUUAAUUCCCUAACUUUUAUUCCUUCGCCGGCUUCACCACUUCCCUCUGCUUUUCACCUCUCACGCCGCCGCCGCCGCCGCCGCCGCCGCCGUGAGCUGUCGCCGGAGAAGACGUCGCCGCCGCCGCUGUGAACUGUCGCCUGUUCCCCUUCCCUAUUUACCCUUCCCUCACGUUAAGAUCUCACGAAGGAGGGCAGGCAGCUUGAAGGCGGCGGCGGCGGGGAUAAACACCGAUGCAGAAGCGGAGCGUCGUUGUUGGCCGUCGGCCGUCGGGAACUGAUGGAUCGGACUUCUCUUACCGCAUGGUCGUCGACUCCAGGUACACGAAAGUGGCUCGAGGGAAAUCCAGGUUUGGAGGUCUACUUGUUGCCCAGACUGCCAGUCAAAUAAUUUGGACAGUUCUGGUGUUCUUAUCUGCAUUGCCUGAAAAGAAGAUUGAGACACUUCCUGCUGUAUCUCUUUCACUUGGAUUCAUUUCACUUAUAAUUGGAGAAUUAGGUCGAAGGCGCAGCUCCAAAAGAUUGCUGAGAUUGUACAAUAUCUUCUCAUCUGUAGCGACUGCACUAUCUAUUGUUUGUAUUUUUAGGAGUAACCUGUACUUGAAGGUUAGCAAUCUCCAAAGCUUCACAGACCUGCUGAUAUAUGAUCUUCUUGUGUUAGUACGCACUGUGAUUGGUGUUUGCCUGCAGAUAUUUGCUCUAAGUACAAGUAUUACGCUGGUGCACAACAUGUCUCCCCAGACAGUCUCCUAACUAUGAAUCUGAAUAACAAUUGACUGCUCGUAGAUGUUGCAUUACGACACUAGGCGUGUGUUGCGCCUUCCAGAGUAAGAAGAUUUUGUUGGGGUGUAUCUGGCUUAUGCAAUUAAACAAUGUUCCAUAUUUGAUGACUUAAGGCUUAUUUGUUUUUUA